CUUUUUUCCUCACUGGCCGCGUUCAUCUGGGGUUGAGCAUUCCGCCACCGAGCCCACAGAAAGCGUUCUGAGUCCUUUUCACCGGCAGCAAUUAUGGCGCCCAGUUCAUAUUUCGGCUAUUGGCGACGCAAGGCCAUGAUCGUUGCCCUUCGCAUUUCCACCCUCUACAGUGCCCGCGAGCCGCUGCGCCGCGACAACGAGCUUGCAGAGGCCAACUAUGGCAUACAUCAAGAGCGACUGCUCAUCCCGUCGCAUGAUGCAGGGCGUCACAUCGUCGCCAGCCUCUACACCCCGCCCCCGCCGGUUGAAUCACCCUCAGUUACCGAGCAGACACCUCUUCCGGUGCUCGUCAACUGGCAUGGCAGUGGCUUCUGCCUGACUGGACUCCUGGGGAGCAACGUGCUCUUCGCCGCACGAGUGGCCCAGGAACUGCAAAUCAACGUCUUGGACGUGGACUAUCGGAAGGCACCUGAGCACUCCUUCCCAGCCGCCAUUAACGACGUCGAGGACGCCCUCCGCUGGAUCGGAUCUGGCGAGAACAGCAAGCGAUUCGACGUUUCCCGAGUUGCCGUGUCAGGCUUCAGCUCGGGUGGCAACCUUGCUCUCGUCGCUGCAUCGUCGUUCCGGGACCGUCUCCAGGCCGGCGGGGUCAACAUCACCGCCGCGGUGGUCAUGUACCCAGGAACGGACCUGGUCACCCCGGCCGAGGACAAGCAGCCGCCCACGGACGGAAUCUAUCCCAUGGACCCGGCAACUCUGAAUCUCUUCACCGACUGCUAUGUCCCAGACAAGAGCAAGCGCGCGGAUCCACGCGCGUCGCCGGAUAGGGCCGGUCUAGAGUUAUAUCCGCAGACGGUAGCAAUCCUGACCUGUGAGGGAGACCGGCUCGCACCUGAAGGGAUUGUGUUGGCAGAGAGAUUGUCAAAGGAUCCGCAGAGGACAGUAAUCAACGAGAUGAUUCUCGGGGUACCACACGGAUUCGAUACUGGAGCUGAAGAGGGAACUCUGCUAGGGGAGAGGCGAGAGGAGAUGUAUGCCUUGGCUGUGAAGACGCUCAAGGAGGCUCUACUAUAGGUACCUACUGCUUUAAUUCCAGACAAUCGUAAUGGAUUGUCUUCUUGUUCAAUUCUACACCACAAAAACUAUCUGUAGCAAGGAAAAAUGAAGAAGUAAGAGAAGAUGGGAAGUAACAGGAUCAGAUCGGACUUUCUACCUCUGAGUUCCCAAGCUCGAGACAAGCAGAUGGUGACCUCGGGAACAGGCAGCCAGGCUGGUAGAUAGCCCGAUAGCCACUCUCCAGCUGGGUAAUCAAUAUUGUCACGAUUCCGAGCAGGGCAUAUCGAAUAGAGCAAAUUGACUGGUUAUUCAA